UGACAAACACGCACGCACCUUGACUGCUUGUAAACAGAAGCUCACACGUGACAGCGCGCGGCCGCAUUGUCUGCUCGCGGACAAAGAACUGCACAGUUCACGAUUAUUGUUGUUACCGAGCGCCGGCGUCGGGCAGGUGAGCUGGCAGGUGCCAUGACAACUGACGUUAUAUGCCCCGAAAUGAAGCCGACUCUCCCGCUGCGUUUACACCGCGACGUCCGGUGAACUUCUUCAUGUCUGGAUCCCGAACCCGACGCUCCGGACGGAUAACGACGUUAGCUGCGCUUUCGCCCGCUCGCACACAGCUGGGUAAACAAAGCUGGAAAUCCUUUGUUUCACCGUUUUAUUUUUCCCCGGUUUGUUCGUUUCUGCUCCGGCGGAUUUCACUUUUCUAGCUGGCCCCGACCGUUAGCUGGCUAGCUGAAGCCUUUAGCGUCGACAUCCGAAUUGAUUUUUUUUUUUUUUGCUAGCUAACCGUUAAUCUACUCGUCUUUUUUUACUGGCUGGAUGAGAUGUCAUUCACCAUGGAGGACAACUUGGAGUCCGGAUGGGUGUCCGUCCGACCCCGGGUCUUCGACGAAAAAGAGAGGCACAAAUUUGCUUUUAUUGUGGCCUGGAACGACAUCGAGGGGAAGUUCGCCAUAACCUGCCACAACAGAACCGUGCAGAGACGGGCCAAUUUCCUUGACCCGCUCCUCGACUGUAGCCCCGCCGCCACUGCGCCUCCAGCCCCCGGUGCCUCGGUGGCAGAAAAACACACGUCGAGAAAAGAUGAAGUCUGCCAAGCGGGCAAAGUUAGACCACACUCCGUCCCCAAAGGAAAACCCACAACGGAUAUGAAGGGUUUAAAAGUCGGGGGUUCACAGACUUUAGAGUGUAUCAGCCAUACAUCGGGAUCCUGGGAUAUUGUGACACCCAAGGUUAUAGAUAUCGAGAUCCUGGACCCCGUGGAUGCCCUCCUGUCUCCGGAUGAUUCAGACCCAGGGGACCGUGAGAACAGCGGCCGCGAGGACUUCAGCUGGGCCGGGCUGUUCUCCUUUCAGGACCUGAGGGCAGCCCACCUCCAGCUGUGCGCCGUCAACUCGGACCUAGAGCCAUGUUUACCGUCUUUCCCGGAGGAGCAGUACGGAGUGUGGACAGUGCUCUUCGGUGCACCCGGGAUGUCACCGCGGGAGACGGAGGCCCUGUGCUACCAGCUGCAGGUGUACCUGGGUCAUGCCCUGGACACCUGCGGCUGGAAGAUCCUCUCACAGGUGCUUUUCUCCGAGAGCGACGACACGGAGGAGUACUACGAGAGCCUGAGUGAGCUGAGGCAGAAAGGCUACGAAGAUGCGCUGGAGAGGACCAAGAGACGCAUGCAAGAGGUGCUGGACAAGCACAAAGCCAUGGACAGCAUGGUGGAGCUGCUGCAGGUUUACCCUGAGGAGGACGAGGCGUACGGAGAGCUGCUGGAGGCAACAACUCAGCUAUACCACUACCUGCUGCAGCCGUUCAGGGACAUGAGGGAGCUGGCAAUGUUGCGCAGACAGCAGAUUAAGAUCUCCCUGGAGACAGAGCGCCUGGGUCCUCGUCGCGUGGACGGCCUGAGGAAGGAGGAUGAGGAGUGGCAGAAGAAGGCUCACGCCGCCGUUCUCUCCAUACAGGACCUGACCGUCAAGUUCUUUGAAACCACGACCCGGGCUCAGAAAGCUCUGUAUGAGCGUAUGCGCGCCGACCAGAGGAAGUUUGGUAAGUCGGCGUGGGCCGCAGCCGUCGAGCGCAUGGAGCGGCUGCAGUACGCCGUCUCCAGAGAAACUCUCCAGCUGAUGAGGGCCAAAGAAAUCUGCCUGGAACAGAGGAAACACGGCCUGAAGGAGGAGAUGCAGAGUCUGCAGGGUGGGGAGGACGCCAUGCUGCGUCUGGACCAGCUGGAGGCGCUGUACUACGAGUUACAGCUGCAGCUGUACGACAUCCAGGCCGAGGUGCUGCGCUGUGAGGAGCUGCUGCUCACUGCUCAGCUGCAGAGUCUGCGCAGACAGAUGACAGAGCGACAGGACGAGGUGGUGUACUACGACGCCUUUGAGAGCCCUGACGCCAUGAAGGGAGUAGAAGACCCUGCGACGCCGCCAUCCCCCCUCAGAGACGAAGAGCUGGGCGUCCUGCAGCAGAGGACACGGCAGCUCGAGGCCCGCCGCGGCCGCAUCACCGCCAAAAAAGUCUACCUCAAAAACAAGAAGGAAAUCUGUAUCGUCAAUCACAACCAGAAGAUUCAGCAGCGCCAAGGUGACGGCAGUUCUCUUCAGACACUGCAACAGGGAGAAGCUGAAGACGAUGAUGAAGCCAAACGAAACGCCAGAGUGAGUCAGGAGAGGCAGAGGACUCUGGACAGACUUCGCAGCCUCAAACAGCGUUACCCAGGUCAGGUGACCCUGAAGUCCAGCCGGCUGCGUCUCAGUCAGACUCACAGUCGGAGGAGGGCGGGACAGCAGCCCAUCACCCAGGCAGCCAGCGUUCAGACCGACUGUAUCUCCGACCUCCCACAGCUCUCUGCCCCUCCCCCACCCGACGCCUGCAGCUGUGACAGCGUCUCUCUACCAACCAUUGACCUCCAGAAUCUCGACUCCUCGCCUCCCUUCCUCUCGCUGCCUCCCCUCUCAGCUUCCCCGUCUGUUCUGUCACUGGGUCCUCCUCCUCCUCCACCCCCUCCUCCUCCUCCUCCCCCGCCUCCCCCGCCCCCUCCACUGCCCCCUGCCUCAGAGGACCAGCAGCAGGGUGAGGACGGGGAGAAGAACCCCACAGGAAGCCCGGCGCUGCAACGCACAUGCGAGUCCGAAUCCUCCUCGCUGCCCCUGGCUCCAUUUUCCCCUCGGUUCUUCGACAGCAGUCAGCUGCUGACGGCGAGGAAGAAGCUGAGGAAGACGUCCUCGCUGGACUCCUCACAGUGGAGGAGAGCGAGCUCCCCAAUGGAUGAAGUGCUGGCCUCUCUGAAACGGGGCAGUUUCCACCUGAGGAAGGCCGAGCUGCGAGUCCUGGCCCCCGACCCGGACGACGACAGCAACAACAUCCUGGCUCAGAUCAGGCAGGGCGUCCGGCUGAGGAAGGUCCGGACCCGGCCGGAGCAGCAGCGUCACGCCAAGAGCUUCCCGCACUCCGCCGACGCUCUGACCCGCAGCAUCCACGAGGCUCUGAGGAGAAUCAAAGAGGCUUCACCAGAAUCCGAGUCUGAGGACGAAGGCCUGCCGUGCACUGACUGGGAAAACUAGUCGAGAAGAAUUUUUUAAAAAACUUCAGCGGACAAGCCGGGGUCGAAUCUCCUGGAGAUUCCUCGGUGCAAUUCAUUGGUUGUUUUAGUUUUUUUUUUUAUAUCAGACAAUGGCUCGGAUUUUUUUCAUACUUCUGCAUGUUGUUUGUAAAGACGGACCACUAGUCUUUGUUUUUAAUUUUAUUUUUUUUUAAUGUGGCAUUCUUGUUGAGGAUACAACCUCUAACCUCUCACAUCGGAGCCGUUCUGUACUGUAGCUCGCUGUGAUGGGUUUGUUUCAGGAAGUGAGUGUUUAGUUUUUACGUUUCUCUCACUCUUAGUGACACAGGAAGAAUUCAGACUGUCUCUACUGAACACAAUCUGUACACUCUCUAUAUUUCAUUUCAUAAAGAUGAAUGCAGGACACUUCCUGCUUACUUAAAGGAAUAAUUUGAUACUUUGGGAAAUGCAAUUACUGAAUGUGGCUUCAUAUUUUGCAUAUAGAAAUAAAAAAAAUAAGCAUAUUUCCCAAAAUGUUGAACUAUUCCUUUCAUUUUCUACUUGGAGUUGUGGAGCUGCCACAGGAUUUAGAGUUGCACAGUUUGGAUUUUGGCUCAUUUUCAUCCUCUGGUGGAAGGAAAACCAAAACCAGCAUUGACUUGUACAUUUGGAGAAUCAGCCAUUCAUGUUUUAGCAUUUUCACUUUACAAACAAUGAAUAGAUACGAAUAGAAACAGAUGUAUGUAAAGGAAAAUAUGAUGUAACAAGAGGAAAGAUAUUUAAAAAAAAAAAAAAAGAAAAAAAUCAUAUCGUCUAGUUGAGAGGUUUUCAGACUGUGAGGCCUCCACAUGGAGAAACUGAAGGGGCCACAGUUAACAUCAGAAAUCGCUCCUCCUUCUCCGAGCCAGAUCUGAACUCACAGUUUACCGUGCUGUAGCUGAUAGAACUGCAGAGUAUAGAUGAGAAAGUUCAUGUUAGGAUGUGAUCCAAAUAAACCUCUUACCUCCAGCCCACACAGGAUCACACUGAGGCUCGGCCCAGCUGGAUCAGAAACACAAAGUAAACUUAAAUAUUUGCUCAUUCUGUGAGUUUAUAAGAAGCUGGGAGCUUUACUUUAACUUCGUGAGGAGCAGCCUGAAGACAGACGCUGUAUUUCCAGAGAUAAAGAUAUAAACCAACAGUGGGAACCUUAGCAUGAAAACAGCUGUAGUUCUUCAUAUAAAACCUUACCCGUUGACUUGUGCAUCUUCUGCUUUUCAUCUUCUAAAGAUGCCGUUAACACCAGGUCAGUAUUUUGAGUAAAUAUAUAAAACAUUUAUAUUUCAGAGCCUAUUGAAAUAUAAGUGAUUACUUGAAUCUAGAUUUCUCUGAUGGGCUGUUUUUACUGUCACUUUCUGAAUUGAAAAAAUGGGCAAAUGGAUAAACAGUAAUAUGACCUCUGAUCAAUACUGAGCUCCACUGUUAAAUUAGACCCAAUUAGACCCAGUAACACAUGACAAACGGUGGUCAUGAACAUUUUUUUUCCCCCCAGAUAUUAUGAUUAGAGCUCUAAUGAUUACUUAAAUUGAUCGAGGGAAGAGUGAUCUGCAAUUAUUUUAAUAAUCGAUUUAUUAAGUUGUUUUUUCAAGCAAAGACUCAGAUUCUUUUCUGGUCGCAGCUUCUCAAAAGCAACGAUUUGCUGCUUUUUUUCUGUUUUAUAACAUUGAAACUAAAUAUUAUGUAUCAUAAUAUAAUACAGUUUUUUGGUUGGUCUGACAUUAACUUGGGCUUUAGGAAAUUGACGGGCAAUUUUCUCUAUUUUAUAAACAAAAUCAAUCAAUUAAUUGAAAAAAUCUGUCACAAGAUCUUUAACAAAUAAAGAGGAAGUGGGGAAAUGUUUACGAUUUACAAAUACCCCUAUUUAGUGUUUAACAGCAGCUUCCUCACUCUUUAAAAGGCUUUAAACACAUAUAAACAGAUGUGCAGCAGUGUGGACUCAUGAUAAAGGGACGUUUUUACAUGCAGCACAUUGACGCCUGUUUGUUCAGCUGAAAACUUUACUGCCCUCUGCUGGUGACAGACGCAGCUCCUGCUCUACACGCCUGACAACAUUUGGGUCAUAUUUGAUGUUUGUUUAUUUUUUUUAUUUACCCGAGUCUCUCUCUCUUCUCUCUCUCUCUCUCUCUCUCUUUAUGUUUCCACUGCCUUGUUUUUGUUUUCCUUAAUGAAGUUGUUGUUUUGAGUUUGUCGUGUACGUGUGAUUUUAUACCUUAUGAUGUAUGAACAGUGUCAAACCCGUCUGUAACUGAAAAACUAAACUCACAUUCUCCUGUAUUUAAUAAGUCAUGCACCGAAUAUCACGGCUUCAUUUAAAGGAACAGUUCAACAUUUGGAGAAAUUUAAACAUUUUUUCUCUUUGUCGAUGAGAAGCUCAGCAUUAAGACUGGAAACAGGAAGUCUCAGUCAGUCUCCAAAUAAUAACGGAUUUCAGCUCUAUUGCCAAUGCAAAUUAAUUUAUUAUACUUAAUUAACUUGCUUUAUUUUAAUGGGUGUAACUGUAAAUAGUGUCCCUAUAGUGUAUUUACAUUUAGAUAGGGUCGCAAAUUGUCAUAGCUGUUCACCAAAUUUACCCUGGAACAGAAAGAGUCACAAAUAUUAUCAGAUGUGGACGGAUCUGACUCUCUCCUAUUUGUUUGAUCUUUUACACAUCACUAUUGAAGCCCAUUUCUGUCCGAAAAAUGUUUAACUUUUUAUCUCAUAAUUUUGAUUUACCACAAUUUAUCAUGAUUUAUGUUCUUUUCUGAUGCAAAUCUUUUAUACAUUGUUGAUCCUGAUUAAAACAUUAGAAUUUUACUUUCCACACUCAGGUAAAACCACAACUUGUUGGUUUUGUACAGAUUAGAUACAACAUGUUAAUUACUGAUCUUUACAGAUGCUGGUAGGUGGAUUUCGUUACCAGGCAAGUUGUUUCCCUCUGUUUCCAGUCUUAAUGCUAUGCUAAGCUAACAGGCUGCUAGUGGUAUUGAUCUUCUCAUCCAGCUCCACAUAAAGGUGAAAAAGUUUAUUUCUCUUAAUGUUAAACUUGCUGAAAACAGAGUUACAGCUAUCAAACAAAUAAACUGCUGCCUAGUUAAAAUCGCCAUGACACUGAACAAUUUCUCACGCAGUGCGACACAUUCCUGUGAUUUGUCUGUAAAACACAGAUGUUUACUGAUAUUAAACAUUUUUUUAGAUCAGGUGUAACUGUAACCUUGGCAACAGAUAUUUGACUUUGCUCAGUAACUCCCUCCCUUCUCUCAGUCUUUUUCUAUUUGGCUUUCAUGUGUUUUUUUUAACCUCUUUGUUUGUUUAACAUUUGUAGAAUUCAAAUUGUGACUCGUAGAUUUUCCCUCCUCCCUGAACAUGACACUAGUUUGACCUGUGACCUUUAUGACCUUAUGCAUGUGACCGGUUUGAGGACGAACCCAUCACAACGUAAGUGCAAUAAUGAAGAUGACAAAGUCAUUUUAUGAAUUAUACUGUAAGAAAAUGUAAAUCAUGGAAAAUAUAUCCGCAUGCCUAAAUGUAUUGAAGUAUUUAUUGAAACUUCAUAUUUUAAAGAAUUUUUAAAGCAUACAAAUGUAAAUGUACUUUAUAAGGUUUUUUUUUUGUCACUUUCUGUUUCCUAUCAUGACAUUCCUCUCUGCUUUCUAUAUCCUACUUAUUAUAUAUAUUUUUUGUCCUUUCAAAAUAAAAAUAAGCACCAAAAUGUCUUUUAAUGUUAUUUCAUUAAAUCCCACAGGUCAUGUCAGUUUUCAGGAUUUCGCAGAACACAAGUUACAUUUUACUUUACCACUAUUUUAUUUAGCAUUUAUAAACUUUUAAUAGUUUUUAUACAAGUUAGUUCCGACCAAGUAAUUUGACUGGAUCAGAGGCAUUCCAUGAUAAGAAUAUAACGGCGCCGGGACUUUUAACUACAUGUAUCACUCCGCUCCACAGGCGUUUCAUUAGCCGUUAUACAACAGUUAGUUCCGACCAAGUAAUUUGACUGGAUCAGAGGCAUUCCAUGAUAAGAAUAUAACGGCGCCGGGACUUUUAACUACAUGUAUCACUCCGCUUCACAGGUGUUCCAUUAACCGUUAAUCGGCGUUACAUUAACGGCCGUUAUCUAGCUUAGAUUGUAACAAACCUUUAAAAGAUUAAAAUAUUUCCAGAAAUAACAUUUGAGUUAAACGAUGUCUGGUCGUCAGAAGAGGAUGAAGGAGAGAAGACUGGAUACUUCAGCCCACACCAGAGGUACCGUGUAGCCUGGACAUUUUGCUAAGCUAAUCUCAUAAUGUACCUACACUUGACACAACAUGGCACCACUGUUAUUUGGCAAUAUUGCAUUUGAUUUUCUGUUUAACACAAGCUGCGAUAUUAUCAAAAUACAUCAUCAUGUCAGCUGUCUGUCAUAUCAUUUGAUAAAUUCUCUUGUUAAGAUAUUGUAUUGUUCAGCAAACUUCGACAACAUUGUUUUGAACAAAUCACUACCAAAGACUGAUUUUGUAAUGAUGGAAAUGUAAUAACCAAUGAUUGUGAAAGAACGACACAGGACGACUCGAUUUUCUCGUUUGUUUUUCUUUUACUAUAAACUCAAAAUUACAAUUUGUGUCUUUAAGCAUGUGGUAUACUCAACAUUUAAAAGUCUUAUUCAAAUGUUUUUUUUUUUUUUUUUUUGUCCCUUUCGAGCUGUAAUAUUCUUAACGAGAUAAAGUCACCGCUAAAAUCAUUCAAGUCUCCCAAAUGUACCCGAACCAACAAGCCCUUAAAUAGUGUUCUUCAGGUGUUCGUACUCUGUUC